CUACCUCUUCAUCGUGCCCUUAUCUGUUCUAUCCACGUCCUACAUAGCUCUUGAUCGAAAGAAAGAGCAGUUAUCCCAUUGGAACCCGAAUCGCUGUGCCCAUCACCUCAUCUAGUGCCACCCAUCAUGCAGGCAAUCAGGCUGGGGAAGAAAUACCCCGAGUUCAAACAAGACGAGCUGUUCGACCUCAUCAAUAAGUUCAAACAGAUAGAUGUGGAAGAUAGAGGUUGGUUGGAGAAACCUCAAGUGAUUGCGGCCUUACAACAGAGUGGAGAUGCAGAUUACGACUCUGCAAGAGAAACACUCAAAUCAGUAAAUACAGAUUCAUCCGGAAGAGUUGAAUUAGAAGAUUGGGUUCAAUUCCAUUCUCUUCUUAGACAAGGAAAAACUCAACCGGUUUUGGAACAUAAAAAAGGAAAGAUCUCCGUGAAGGGUACAGCUGGGACAAACGCACAACAUACGAUAAACGAAGAUGAGAGAACUUCUUUUACUGAUCAUAUCAAUGGCGUGUUAGGGGGGGAUUUGGAUAUUGGACAUUUGUUACCUAUCCCGACUGAUACUAUGCAGCUGUUCGACGAGUGCAGAGACGGUUUACUCCUUUGCAAACUCAUCAACGAUUCUGUACCCGAGACCAUCGACGAACGUGUUUUGAACAAACCUGGCGGAGGAAAGGCGAAAGGCAAAAAUCUCAAUGCUUUCCAAAUGACAGAAAACAACAAUAUCGUCAUCACCUCAGCCAAAGCUAUAGGAUGUUCAGUGGUCAACAUCGGACCUUCCGACAUCGCCGAAGGCAGGGAACAUUUGAUUUUGGGAUUGAUCUGGCAGAUCAUCAGAAGGGGUUUGUUGAGUAAGAUCGAUAUCAAGAUACACCCUGAGUUGUAUCGAUUGUUGGACGAUGGGGAAACUAUGGAAGCGUUUUUGAAAUUACCUCCGGACCAGAUCUUGUUGAGAUGGUUCAAUUAUCAUCUCAAGGCUGCCAAUUGGCCCCGACGCGUGACAAACUUUACCAAAGACAUUUCAGACGGAGAGAACUACACUGUCCUACUUAAUCAACUGAAACCCGACCAAUGCACUCGUGCACCACUCCAAACUCGGGAUCUGCACCAACGAGCGGAAGAAAUUCUUCAAGGCGCAGAUCGCAUAGGAUGUCGGCGUUUCCUCACGCCCAGCUCGAUGGUCUCCGGUAAUCCGAAACUAAACUUGGCAUUCGUGGCCAAUUUGUUCAACACGUGGCCUGGAUUGGCACCAUUGGAAGAAGCGGAAGCUCCGGUGAUCGAAGACUUCGAUGCGGAGGGUGAGAGGGAGGCAAGAGUCUUCACCUUGUGGCUGAACUCGCUCGAUGUGGAACCUGGCGUUUACAAUCUAUUUGAAGAUCUCAAGGAUGGAUACGUACUGCUUCAAGGCUUUGACAAAGUCAUUCCGGGUUCUGUCAUCUGGCGACGAGUCACCAAACCCAAGGAAGGUCAAGAACUUUCCCGUUUCAAAGCUGUAGAGAAUACAAACUACGCUGUUGACCUCGCAAAAGGGAACGGGAUGCACAUUGUCGGUAUUCAAGGAUCAGACAUUGUCGAUGGAACUCGUACCCUCGUCCUUGGACUGGUUUGGCAACUGAUGCGUCUGUCGAUCAGUCAGACCCUGGCGAGCAUCUCGGAGAACGGUAAAAGUGUGACGGAUCAGAGUAUGAUCAAAUGGGCCAAUGAGACGGUGAAGAAGGGAGGAAAGUCAAGUACGAUGAGGAGUUUCAAAGAUUCUUCGUUAAGUACUGGUAUUUUCUUCCUUGAUUUGCUCAAUGGGGUCAAACCGGGUUAUGUGGAUUAUUCUUUAGUACACAAAGGGGUGAAUGAAGAGGAGAAGAGACAGAAUGCUAAAUUGGCUAUUUCAAUCGCGCGCAAGAUGAACGCCCUGAUCUUCCUUGUUCCAGAAGAUAUCGUAGAUGUCCGACCACGUCUGUUGCUCACGUUUGUCGGUGCGUUGUGGAGUGCGUCUUUACAUCAGUAG